AUGUUUCUUAUUCAGUAUCACGCACUACUACUUAUGGAUACUCUCAUCAGUGUAACGUUAAUAAGGGUGACUGGGCUGUGUCUGUUUGGGCUCAGAAUAGGUGGGUUUGGAUGGAUACGCAGGAGAGAGUCAAGACGGUUUAUUCUUCAGAUUGUCAUUCGAGUAAUUCUUAUACUAGCUGGGGCACGACAAGACAUAUGGAUGUGCCCGUAUCUCAUUCCGGUAGUAAUUUCGCUAACCAAAACCUUGGUUGCAGUGUUAAUGGGAACGCUGGAUGUAGUUGAUGGCUUAAUAAUUUACUUACUUUUUUCUGAAUAUUGUAAAAAGAUGAAAAUUACAACUGAGUCUGUGGAAAUAUUUCUCAAAUAUUGCGUGGCCGUGCAUAGAGAUCAUGUAUCUACUUGCUUUAAUUUAGUUUAUGUGCAUGCUUUUGUAAUGCAGAGUGUCCAUAUUUCGGAGUCGAACUUACACUUCUAUUAA